GCCGCCUGCCUGCCUGCCAGCCCGUCCACCCAGCAAUCACAGCACCACCACCAUACCCCUCCCCGCUCCGUCACACGGCGCCCUCAAGUCUUCCUCUCUCCCCUCCCCCUCUUAUUGUCGCAGCCAGAGGCUCGACCGCUCCUUUUCUUCCUCGAAAAACACACUCGCUCUUUUCUUCCAGCCCAGCACACAAUCACCCCGCCUUGGCGCACAAGGCCCCCAUCUCCGACUCGAGUCCGUCAUUCCCCUAAAUCUCAUUCUCCAGCAGCACACGCAACGCUCCUUCCUUUUAAAGUGCCUCUCGCUCGCACGCUUGACCACAAGACAGCUUCCAUCUACAGCAUGACGACGGGCCAGGAUGUGUCGUCGGCGCACGCCGUCAAGCGACACCACCAGAAGAUGAAGAGGACCGCCGCGCUCGCACCGAGGGCGCAAGCAUGCACCUCGGGCGGCCUCUACAGCAAGCCUGCCGCGGGCGAGCAGGUCGACAGCGCCAAAAAGUACUCGUUCCAGUGGGACAACAACUGCCUGGCCUCGGGCGUGGACAAGAUCGACAUCUACCUCUACAGCCCCUCGAAUGGCUCCAACAAUCUGCCCAUCCACGCCUGGAUCGGUGUCCCUGCCGGUCAGCAGAGCUACGAGGUGAAGCUGGCGCCCAAGUGGUGGAACGCGACGGGUCUCGUCGACCUGAGCCUCAACAUUGUCCCCACGGGCAACCAGCCGUGGGACACGUCGAACCCGUUUGGCCCGACGUGGUCUGCGCUCUACCACGCGCCCACCGACGGCUCCAGCCCCCCCUCGGACGCCGUCGUGGGAUCUGACGACAGCAACAGCCUCGUCCAGGCCUUUUACGCCGGCGGCCACCUCACCGACGGCGGCAAGGCAGCCGCGAUCAUCUGCCCGCUCAUCGUCUUCUUCGUCGCCAUCGGCAUCUGGAUCCGCAAGCUGCACCUCAACCGCAACAACAAGACGGCCGACUGGGCCGAGCACAUGGACCAGCGCAUGAGCCGCAUUUCGCUGGAUUGGAUGGCCGGUGGCGACGGCUCGGCUGGCCCCGUGCCUGGCAGCCGUCCUGCCUCGUUCAUGCGGCCCCAGUCGCAGUACCGUCCCUCGGCCGAGAUGCACAACGCUGCGCUUCGCGAGGCCGCCGCCACCGCAGGAGCAGCCGGCGUGGGCGCGGGCGUCUACCCCGGCAGUGACCCCGAGCACCAGACGUACGACGAGGUCUUUGGCGACGAGAGCGGUGACCAGAUGCGCGAGGCCGUGCCCCGCCGGCCCUUCUCGACGGCCACGGGCUUCGACUCGCAGAACCGGACGUCGCGCAUCAGCUUUGCCGACACCACGGCCGGCGACCGUGUCAGCCGCAUCUCCUACGGUCCCUCGGACGGCAACCACAGCGCGGCUGGUGCGCAGGCUGCGGCCGCUGCUGCGCGUGGACACCGGUCCAGCGCCUCGCUGCCUCGCAACAGCAACAGCAACAGCCGUCGCAGCCAGGCCGCUGACUCGUACAUUGACCCUGACGCGCCCGCCGUGCCGAAGCUCGACAUCAACGCAUACCACAACCGCAACAAGAGUUCGGCCACGGCGGCGACGAGCUCGGCGGGUGCCCACGGUGUUGGAAACAACAACGCAGGCAGCUCCCGCCUCCGCGAGUCCUUCUUCCCCUCGGCCGACGAAGAGCCGGAGCAGAUGGACGACGCCGACGAGUAUGCAGACGUGCUCAGCCCCACGCAGCACCAGGGCGCCAAGCCGUUCAGCAACGACGACAUCGACCGCCACAUUGCCGACCAGACCGACGUCGACUUCCGCAACUCGGUGCUCCAGUACCCGGCCCUGUCCAUGGUCACGGGCAAUGCUGCCGAGGAGGGCGACCAGCCGGACCUGUUUGCCGCCAUGACGGGCCAGCAGACCACGCGCCCGCUCUCGGGCCUCAGCGACGGCGGCGACAGCGCAUAUGCACCCAACGAGCGUGGCGCCUCUGCCUACAUCAACCAUAGCCACUACGCAGCAGGUGCACACGCCAUGUCGGCUGACCACCCCGCACGAAUGCAGCAGAUGCAGCAACAGCAGGUGCAGCCACUGCAGCAGCAACCACAACAGCAACAGCAACAGCAGCUGGGCAACAACACGGGCAUGCUCCCUCCCUCCAACUCCAACUCGCCCGACGAGGCGCUCAAGCAGUACGCCGCCCUGCGCGCUGCCGGCUCGGCCUCGACGGGCCCCAACACGAUGCGGACGCUGUACACGGCCGACGUCACGCCUGCCGCGCCCUCGCCAUCCACUAGCAGCAACAGCAACGCCAAGGCCGCGCGGAGAGGAAGCAGCAUCUACAUCGACGCCAGCGGCCACCUCGGCGGGCACCAGGCACAGCAGGGCAGCGCAGCCACCGGCGGCGGCUCCUCGAUCAACGAGGACGACGUCGUGGGCUACAACGAGAUGAUCCACCACGGCGCUGCCGGUGCGCCCCGCAAUGUCUUGUAGUUCUCUGUUCACAUCUUCCCCCAUCGUCGCCACUCUCGGCCAUUCUCACGGCCACUCUUGGCUACUCUCUCGCUGUGCGAGAAGAGUGUGCUGCACGUGCAUUCAUUACCGUUUUGUCUAGAUUCUCUCUUUUCCUCUCUCCGUCGUCACUUCAACGCCGUCGAGCAUCUUCCCAUUCACACCGUCGGGCUUUCUCAAAAGUCCCUCUCGUCUUACUUCAACACGGUCUCUCGCUUCUGUUUUCUACUUUCUCUUCUUUUCUUGUGUGUGGAUGUAAUUGCGAUGGUUU